AGAAAAAAUUUCAAUCUUGCUGAAACCAGACAUUCGCGUCGCGGACAAAAGAGACGAUCAGACCCCAUUUGUCGUCGAGUCGAUACAAUAACCAAUCCAGGCACAAUUUUUAGCUUAGGAAUCCGAAAAUGAGCGACCUUCACACGACGCCUAAGAAACCCAAAUUGAAAAGAGAAGUCGAAGAAGAACAAGAACAAGAACAAGAAGAAGACGAAGCUAAUGUCUCUUGCAGAGAAGAGCAAGAACAAAUCCUUGUCGCUUUAGUAGAUCACCGUUCAGAUGAAAUCGAGCGUCUUAAGCACCACAUCUCUAACUACCAAACCAAGCUUAUUGAAGCAGAAACAAGUUUACGAGUUUCAAAAUCUAAGUUAGCUCACCUUCGUGGCCAUGAUGAUGGAGUUUCAAAGAAAAAUAAACCAUUGAAGACUCUUAGAAAUGUCAAUGAUGAUGAUGAAUCUAGCAGAAACUUUACGCCUUCUAGGAAAGAGAAAGACUUUCCAUCUCCAUCACCUAGCAAGACCCUUAAACCCUGUGAUAGCUCUGAUCCUAGAAGUAGUAGUAGUAUCUCCAAAUCCAAGGCCAAAACCGUUGUUGUGAAGCAGAAUUCUGAAACAUCUUCUCGUGACAGUCCUAUAGUCAAAGCUAGCAGAGAUCGAGAUAGAGGAACGAAGAGGAAAUUUGAGCAAAAGGAGCAUAAAGAGCUGAUUCGGUUGAUAGGUAGAAACUCUUCACCAACUACAAUCAAGUGUCAUACUAGCAACCAAAUCUCUAGUCAGCACAAGAGGAAGUUAAGAAGCUUGAUCCUGUGUCCUGUAAACGAGCAGCUGUUUGCAACAAGUUCUCUGGAUGGCAUGGUUAGUUUAUGGCAACUGCAGUCUGGAAGAUUAGGUGCAUCAUUGCUUAGUACCACAGACUGUUUAUCUCGAAAACAAAGAAGAUGGGGAGAAGAUAUGGCCUGGCACCCAUCUGGAGACACCAUUUUCUCUGUAUACUCUGCAGACGACGGGGAUUCACAGAUAUCGAUCCUAAAUCUGAACAAGACACGCGGGGUUUCUUUCCUGGAGAAUAAACCUCAUGUAAAAGGGAUUAUCAACAACAUAAAGUUCAUGCCUUGGGAAAACACAUGCUUUGUCACCGGAGGAAGCGAUCACGCUGUUGUACUAUGGAACGAGAGUGAUGAUGAAGAAAACAAAUGGAAGUCGAAAACUUUACACAGGAAUCUACACUCAGCUGCUGUAAUGGGAGUGGAUGGGAUGAGGAACAAGAAUGUUGUUUUAUCAGUUGGAGCGGACAAGAGAAUAUAUGGGUUCGAUGUUCAAGUUGGUAGAGCAGACUACAAGCAUCAAAUAGACUAUAAAUGCAUGAGUGUUCUCUCCAAUCCUUGUGACUUCAAUCUAUUUAUGGUUCAAUCCGGGGAACCGGAGAAACAGCUUCUACUGUUUGAUAUCAGAUUAAGAAAAACUGAACUCCAUUCGUUUGGGUGGAAGCAAGACAGUAGUGAAUCACAAUCAGCUUUGAUAAAUCAGUCUUGGUCUCCUGAUGGUUUAUACAUCACUUCUGGUUCAGCUGAUCCAGUCAUUCAUGUUUUUGACAUCAGGUAUAAUGCUCGUAAGCCGACACAAUCGAUAAAAGCUCAUCAGAAACGAGUGUUUAAAGCGGAAUGGCAUUACUCUCAGCCACUUCUUAUCUCCAUAUCUUCUGAUCUCAACAUUGGUCUGCACAAGAUCUCAUGACCACUCUGAGCUCUCACACGUCUCUGUUUCUCAUUGCUUAUUAUCUGAGAUUACAGGUUCAAGAAACCUAUAUAGUAAAUUAAAAUGAGUAUUAUUUACCAUCUCAAAUAGAUUAUAACCGAUUCUUAGUUUUAGGUACAAACAUCAUUACAUGUUGGAUUGAACUAAAUAUUGUCUUUACUCUUUACCUUCAAAUUUA